UCAUUAUCUAAUUUAUUGAGAGCUUAAAAAACUAUUAAGUGUUAUAAAAAAAUGUUCUUGUAUUUUGUUACCAAAUUUUUACGUUAUUAAUCGUAGUAAAAAAAAGUAGAGUUGGUCUCUACAAAUGUCCAAAAUAGAGUCAGUCUCUAUAAUGACAAAACAUUCCGAAUUACUUUAUCAGGGUAAUUAAUUAACUUUAUAUUAGUAUUUUUUCAUAACUAUACAUUUUAACACCAAAAAUAGAUUUAGAUUUUUUUAGUGUCAAAGUUUCGCAAAAACUGCUCUCUUAUCUUUCAUCGUCGUCUUCGUGACGUCAUCGCCGCGAACGCAACCCAAGAUUAACCAACUAAAUAUAGAUGGUAAACAUUCUUCAAAUGAAUCACGUACUUUAGAUGCGGUAAGUAAACACUUGAUUUACGACAAAAUAUUUUAGUUAAUUAAAAACUACAGGAAAAAUAACAAAAGCAAUUGCCGGAUACUUUGCGUGACGGACCGCAGCCCGGUUCCAGCAACCCUUCGCACGCAUACAAAAUAUAACCUCCAAAAUUUACGUUAACCCAUUGCACGCCGCGUGUAAAAAUGUAUAUCGUUCCGAAGGGGCAGCCGCGUAGUGCACGGCACGCACAGCGGGACCGGCUCAGCGCGGGACAUCGCCAGUCUCAUUCGCAUCGCAGCCCGAGACCGCCGCCUCUCCGGCUCUCGGCCGUUUAAACUUUCCAUACGAUAACUUAUCAGCAAAUAAUUGCAUGAAGUCAUCGAUUAAAUUAAGUGUACCGGUACGUUUCGUUUCUCGUUUACAAAAUACGUUCGCUGUUUGGCCGCCGAUGUUCGAGUUCGACAGUGUAUUCCACAAGUGUCCGUGAAAAAGUUUUGUGGCAUCCGAUUGGUCGGUCGUUUUGUUUGAUUGUUGAUCACGGGAGACAGGAUGAAUGGAACUCCAACCAGAAGGCCGAAAGGUGCAUUUUCUGAGACGGGUGUGCGGAUAAAAGAAGUAUCAGAGGGAAGACCUUGCGACAACUGUCCAGAGCUGUGCCCCGGAUUCGUCUCACACGCUUGGAGAAAGACCUGCAAGUCAUGCGGGUGUGAUCGAUUGAAGCAUUCGGUGUACCAUGAAGAACUGGGCUCGGUUCGAGACCGACUCGGACUCCGCGACUCUAGAGUCAACCAUCACUCCUAUGACAGUCCGCCCGGACUCACCGCUAAGCAGACCGAGCUGUACUGGCAGUCGCUCGCUGAGCGUACUCCUACUAGUACAGGUGGCGCCACUGGUCAGGCGGCGUGGCGUGCUUGGCGUACUAGGGCCUUAGCUUCCCAAUUACCAAAGCAGGAUCUUACAUUGGAUCAUUGCAAGCACAUCGACGAAGGCCACCGCAAGCAAUAUGAAGAUUUCGUCGCCGCCAGGAAUGAAAUUGCUCUUGAUAUCGGUAUCGCUAGUCAACAUCAUGGAUCUCCGCUGGAAUGCAUUGGCUGCAAUAAGUCGAUCAGAAGCGGCAGCAUUACUAUUCUUGCACCUAGAAUAGGAGAAGACGCGUUUUUCCACCCGGCGUGCUUUUCUUGCUCGGAAUGCGAUGAAUUGCUAGUCGAACUAGCUUAUUGCAAUUUAGACGGACGAUUGUACUGCGUUCGACACUACUCCGAGAAGUUGAAGCCUCGGUGUCAUGCUUGCGAUGAGCUUAUUUUCAGCGGUGAAUACACCAAGGCCAUGAACAAGGACUGGCAUAGCGGUCACUUCUGCUGCUGGCAGUGCGACGAGUCGCUAACUGGCCAGCGCUAUGUUCUUAGGGAUGAACACCCCUACUGCAUCAAGUGCUAUGAAAGCGUCUUCGCCAAUGGCUGCGAAGAGUGCAACAAGAUCAUCGGCAUUGACUCUAAGGAUCUGUCGUACAAGGACAAGCACUGGCACGAGGCCUGCUUCUUGUGCGCCAAGUGCCGCGUCUCUCUGGUCGACAAGCAGUUCGGCUCCAAGCUCGACAAGAUCUACUGCGGUAACUGCUAUGACGCCCAGUUCGCAAGCCGCUGCGAUGGAUGCGGCGAGGUGUUCCGUGCUGGAACCAAGAAGAUGGAGUACAAGACCAGGCAGUGGCACGAGAAGUGCUUCUGCUGCGUUGUCUGCAAGAACCCGAUCGGCACGAAGAGCUUCAUCCCGCGCGAGCAAGAGAUCUACUGCGCCGGCUGCUACGAGGACAAGUUCGCCACCCGCUGCGUCAAGUGUAACAAGAUAAUCACACAAGGCGGCGUGACGUACAAGAACGAGCCAUGGCACCGCGAGUGCUUCACGUGCACGAACUGCAACACGUCGCUCGCCGGCCAGCGGUUCACUUCGCGCGACGAGAAGCCCUACUGCGCCGAGUGCUUCGGGGAACUGUUCGCCAAGCGCUGCACUUCUUGCACCAAGCCCAUCACAGGUAUGACGAACUGGCACUCCAAAAAAAAAAAAAAAACAGGUAGUAGCGAAGUUCCUUAUUAUAAAAAUAUUAAUUUUAAGUUCUAUUCGAGGUAUAAAGAAAAUAAAACGUGCGAACUUAUUGUGGUACACUUCAUUCACGGUUGUUUGCAUGAGUUGCGCAAACGAACGCUCUGAGAUCGUGGUCAAUGAAUGAUAAAAAAAUAUGUUAUUUUUUGUACGUUAUUAGAUACUUAAGUCGUACACUGUGUGCAUUACUAAUAAAAAUCUUACGUUACAAACGUUUUUUCCCGGUUAGGGUACCCCUCCGCAUCGUCCCAUAACUUCGUUCCAAAAACAACUAAAUUAGAACGGUCCAAAUGAAAUGUGACGUUUCCAGGUAUCGGCGGCACCCGCUUCAUCUCGUUCGAAGACAGACACUGGCACAACGACUGCUUCAUCUGCGCGCAGUGCAAGACCUCGCUCGUCGGCAAGGGCUUCAUCACCGACGGACAGGACAUCAUCUGUCCCGAGUGCGCCAAGCAGAAGCUCAUGUAAAUACACCUGUCUCGCUUCAACGCUUCCGCUCUCGCAUCGCUCCAUCCCUCACACGCAAUACAAUUUAUAUAUGACAAAUGUUUUUGUGAUGUGCAGCGAACAUACCAUACUACCGGUAGUCGCUAACGCCCGAGACUGGUGCGCGUUCAGAAAGCAGGACACCUCGAGCGAAAAGAUUUACGACAUCACUGACAAAUUUAACUUUCGCAAGGGCAGGGCCAACGUUAGUACGGUGCCCAAAUAACGAUAUUUUUUUUAUUUAAUAAAAGUAAAAAAUACACGAAAAAUCACAAAAAAAUAAUUAAUUAAAGUGAAUGCACAAAAUUGAUUUAAUUUGCUUUUCUAUUGAAUUUAUUAUCUAUAUAAUAUAUUUAUAUAGACUGUUAUCACUCAGAUAUUGAUACUAAUAGUCGAAUUUAAUACGUAUAAUCUGUAUUUAUUUUAUGUAUGUAUCGAUGUGCUAACCGCCACGUUAUUUCGCUUUGGCUGUUGUAUUUAGUCCUAGAUCUAUAUUGCGGCGCUGGAUUCACACGAUGCCUUAAUAACAUAUCUAAGUCAAUUUUGAAAUUAUUAUGUUUUAAUAUAAUUCGUACCACCUUAAUAAAUGUGAAUGUUGUGCCUCUAAAUCUUGCCUUCCUUUCUAUCAAUUCGAAAAACGAAGUGACAGAAAAGGACAUUCGAUUUUAACAACAUUGUAAUGUAAGAAGGCAUCUUGGCUGGUGUUGCCAGAUCUAAAUUUUAUUGUUCAUCAUUUAUAAUCGAACUUAGUAAGAAGUGCUUGUCAUAUUGUAACAUAGUGUGUAAGGAAUAUAUUGACAAAGUAUUAAUAUACUUGUUAUAUUUUAAGUAUUUAUUUAUAUACGGGAGUACGCACUUUUUAUUCGAAGAGACGCCGAUGGUGUUGCUGUGUCACAUGUUAUUUAAAAAAUGAGAUUUUAGAUGUAAUGUUGCCAUAUACGCCAUCGGAAGGUCGCCAUCUAACACAGUAAUUGUAAGUGACAUUUAGUUUUACUAAUAAAAUUAAAAAAUAUAAUAUUUUUGUUCUCGAAUAAGUAAUAAACUUGUUACGAUAUAAUUGAAUGUUAUCAAUAUUUUUACAAUGUUAAAUAAUAUUUAUUAGGGUGUAGAAUCUUACAAUAAGUGAGUAACAUCUGUGUUAAAGAAUAUCACUAGCUGGAUUGAGUCAACAACUAAAAUGUUUGGGGAACACUUUAUAAAGGUUACUUAAUAAGGUUUUAAAUUAUUCGAAAUGUUGAACUAUUAAUUUAUAAUGAUAACUGCUUACAUGUGUGAUCUGAUCUAAUUAAAUACUUGUAUCUACCCAUAGAUUGUAAACUGUGAAACUGAAAUAAAUUAUCAAAAAUAAAA